GAGGACGUACAGGAACUACAACAGGCUCGAGACGCUGAACUAAAUAUUCUCGCUGUACACACGGCAGCUCGUAGUGCGUGUCUCGACGGGAAGCCGAGGGACGCUGUGAAGCUCCUCACGCAAGAGAUAGAUGCUGAUCCUAACAAGCAUAUCCCCUAUGCCAAUCGUUCUUUUCUCAUGUCGCGAUUAUAUGAUUGGGAAUCUGCGCUUCAUGAUGCAAAUCAGUCCAUCACCAUCAAGCCCUCGCUGACAGGUUAUAUCUCCAAGGGUAUUGCCCUCUGCGGCAAAAGGCAGUUUCAGGAAUCAACCGCUGCAUUUGAUAUUGCGUUUACAUUUGCGAAGAAAGAUUCGUCCUUGAAUCAUCUUAUUUUCUUGAUCAAGAUCAUUGCACUAUUCAAUGAAAAUGAACACGAUCAAGCGAUGCAACGCAUCGGGGAGCUAGCUUCUACACCCUGUAACGAUCCUAUUCCUUCUCGUAUCGUAGAAGCGUAUCUACAUGUCAAACUGGGCAGGACUGCGCUGCGGGAUUAUAACUCCAAUGUCAAAUUUCCCAUUCAGCUUCAGGAGAUAGCUAGUGCUAUUGAUCACUUAACUACCGCCGUCAACGCUAGCUCUUUCUUUUUUGGAUUACCAAUUCAUACCAAAUACGAGGUAUUUAUCGAGCUCUUCGGGUGGGAUCUCAAGUCCUUGUGGGAAACCGCAAAUAAGCAACUGUGCCAUACACUAUUGAUGGCCGGCAAACAUGGAGAAGCUUUCGAGUUGUUCUAUUCCAUGAUGGACAAGUGUGAUGAGUCUACGAAAGACAGCCUACGGGCUUGGUUCACUGCACUAAAGUCAAUAUGAAGCAUUCUCUAUGUUCCCAGAGCCAUGCAACUGUAGUGCUGCUUAUUGAGUUCGACGGGGAAUGAUUCGGACAAUGAGAGAAUGAGUGAGGGGGAGUUUAUUCACUGAAGCUAUAGAAAGUAAGGACUGACUAUUUGUAU